AAAAAAGCAGGGCGAAAGGCAGGAAGAAAGCAAAAGAGUAGGGGGCGGCCGGAUAGAGUCGGGCGCAGAUCUCUCUCUCUCUCUCUCUCUCUCUCUCGUCGAGCGCGGGGAAGGGAACCGGUCAUCAUCCCCUGCGUGUGUUGCGCCGGCUUCCUUCCUUCCUGCAAAACUGCACGCACUCGAGCCCCGGUCCACUUUGCAUCGGUCCUUGGCGCGAGAAUGACGGAUGUGUACGCACGUGCCGACCUGUAGAGAUACGAGUCGUUCAUUAGAUCGAGUUUUCGUACGUUGUGUAAACGCGUUGCGUGAGUGAGAUUAUUAAAAAUUUAAUCAUAUUGCGGUUAAUCUAAGUAAAAAAGCCAUUACCAAAAAAAUGUGACUCUUCCGACUCUCCACAUCAGCAACUAUAGCAAAAUCCCAACAAUGCCCGAACAAAAGAACCUCAUCGAGAGCCCGAACCAUCCUGUCACUCCAAAAAUCACGUCCUUCUCCUCCAAAACCCCAUAACCUGGAAUUAAAAAAAAAAGUAAAUAAAAUGUCAAAGAUGUGCGUCACCUCAGUGGUAACGAAAAAGACUCGUCCGUCGUUGCCCCGCGAGUUCUUCGCUCGCAUCUACGAGACAGAGCGUCAGCAGCCAUCGGCCAGCAACAACAAUCCCGACGACGAGGACGAAGAAGAAGAAGAAGAGGUCGAGGUCGACGUCACUAGCGGCACCGACGACGAGGAGGACGAUCGACUAUGCGCCAAGUCCAAGGAGGAAAGUAAUGGUGUCGGUGCAGGCAAUCGAGCCGGUUUCGCGACGGAAGUGCCGCAACAACCGCCGUUCGCGCCGCGAUUGUUUCUACAACCGGCAGCGCCUCCACACUGGAACCCUUUGCAACUGGCCCAACUUCACGGGAUUUCCGGUCAUGCGAGUAGGGUCGAGCAACACCUUCAGGGAUUGGCUGCUUUUUGGGCGAGGCGAAAGAAGAAAGAGGGUCGACCUCGUCGACAGCGUACGACGUUCAGUAGCGAGCAGACUCUGAGGCUCGAGAGUGAAUAUCGUCAAGGCGAGUACAUAUCGCGAGCGAGACGAUUCGAGCUCGCCAACGGACUCAAACUCACCGAGACCCAGAUCAAGAUCUGGUUCCAGAACAGGCGCGCCAAAGACAAGCGGCUCGAGAAGGCACAGCAGGACCAGCAUCUUAGAAACAUAGCGAUAGCUGGAGGCCUGAUGAUGGGAGUACAGCUGCCUGGUGCCCUGUGCCGCUUCUGUCAGGCACCUUUUUGUCUUUGCGCUUGUCUCAGGACGCCCACGACGAUUCAGCAACCCACGACGACGACGAUGACGGCGACGACUACGGCGAUGAGCCUCGAGGCCAAACCUCCUACUAGCACCGCGUCGAUGUAAUUUACUGUUUCUUUAUACAUAUGAUUUUGUAUAAACUUAUAGCGCGAUGAAGAUUAUUAUUAGAAGUGGAAGGGGCCGGCAGGUGUACUAGCGCAGAUGUGAUUUUCUUUGAUCUCUUGAUUAUUCUUAUUUAAUGAAUGUGCCAAAGCUUACUGAUCAACGCUUGCGUUACACUGUCUUUGAUUUGGCUACGAAUAAAGUGUAUAGUUAAAAAUAAAAUUUUUUAUAUAAAGGCAA